UGUUUUCUGUUCAUGUAUCUACACCCGCCCAUAACAUACUUUCAUUUAUGUUUUUAAUUUCUUCUUUUCUGUGUUUGGCGCAAAUUCUUUGAAUCAGUACCGGCUACAUCGCGUAUGUGCUAUGGUAUUGAGAAAGAUGGUAAUUGCCAUCGGAAGCAAAUCAUUUCUCCAUUUCUCCCUCUCGCCGGAUUUUUAUCAUGCGUUGUCAAAAUCAGGAAAGCGGGCCGUGAAGCUGCCGACAUGUGAUUCCGGCUUAAACAGAGGAUUCAGGUUCGGCAUUCCCGGCGGCGAGGUUAAGUCUGGAUUAAUUGGCCCAAUUAAGGCACUUGAAGUUUCUAGGUCGUCGCAUACCUACCGGGAAAACGAAAAAUCUCAUCCGUCAGGAUGCGGUUCGGAGCAGGAAGUAGUCGCCAACGAUUGCGAUGAUCUCUCUGGCAAAGAAAGACCAAAGACGCAUACCCUUGGAAAAUGUACUAAUAUUUAUUGGCACAAAUGCUCAGUAGAGAAGAGUGACAGGGAGGCUUUACUUCAGCAGAAGGGAUGUGUUGUAUGGAUUACUGGUCUAAGUGGUUCAGGAAAGAGCACUGUGGCGUGUACACUAAGUCGUGGCUUGCAUGCACGGGGAAAGCUUACUUAUGUUUUGGAUGGAGAUAAUAUCCGUCAUGGUCUGGGUAGUGACCUUAGUUUUGGAGCAAAGGAUCGAUCAGAGAACAUUAGACGGGUUGGAGAGGUAGCAAAGCUUUUUGCAGAUGCUGGGGUAAUUUGUAUUGUCAGUUUGGUAUCUCCAUAUAUAAAGGACCGGGAUUCUUGCCGUGCUUUACUUCCAGAAGGAGAUUUCAUCGAGGUGUUCAUGGAUGUUCCUUUACAUGUGUGCGAGGCGAGAGAUCCCAAGGGAUUGUACAAACUUGCCCGCGCAGGUAAAAUAAAAGGUUUUACCGGUAUUGAUGAUCCAUAUGAGCCACCAAAGAGUCCUGAGAUAAUGCUUCGCCUUGACCAUGGAUUCUAUGAUUCUCCUAGUGACAUGGCUGAGGUUGUGAUAUCUUUUCUGGAGGAAAAGGGGUAUCUAAUACCAUAGCUGCGGCUUCACAUCCUAGUCCCCAGCUUUUGAUCAUCUGAUCCAAGGCCCUAUUCAUUUUAUUUAUGGGAAAGUGGCAUUUAAGGUCUCUUAGAAUAUUUUGGAACAGUGGAUUUAGCAUGUGAAAUGUAAUUACACAUAUAUAAUUUAAAUAUAAUU